AUGGUUUCCUCAUCCAAGGAGAAGAGACUCGCCAAGAAGGCCGCCGAGGGCAAGCUCGAUAAGAAGAAGGGCUCUAAGAAUGUCAGCACGACUGCCUCAUCGGUCAACGGCGAUGAAAUCGCUGCCAACAAUGACUCGGAAGAGAUCAAGCGCCUCGCCGACCAGAUGGACAAGCACGGCAUUUCCGACCGUGUCACCACCGGUGUUCUGGCAUCCACCCAGGCUAGCAGAGACGUCAAGAUCACCAGUGCCUCCCUCGUCUUCCACGGCCGCGUCCUCUUCAACGACACCACCCUCGAGCUGACCUAUGGACGCCGAUACGGUCUCUUGGGAGAGAACGGUUGCGGAAAGUCCACCCUUCUCAAGGCCAUUGCCGCCCGCGAGUUCCCCAUUCCCGAGCACGUCGAUAUCUACCUCUUGAACGAGGGUGCUCCUCCCACCGAGCUCGGUGCCCUUGAAUGGGUCGUUACUGAGGCCGAGCGCGAGAUGGAGCGUCUCGACAAGUUGGCCGAGAAGAUUCUCGAGGACGAGGGUCCCGAGUCACCUGUCCUCAUGGACCUGUACGAGCACAUGGAGAAGAUGGACCCCUCUACCUUCUCUACCCGCGCCUCCCUUAUCUUGACCGGUCUGGGUUUCAACAAGGUCACCAUCCACAAGAAGACAAAGGACAUGUCUGGUGGCUGGAGAAUGCGUGUCGCUCUUGCGAAGGCUCUGUUCGUCAAGCCCUCGCUGCUGUUGCUCGACGACCCUACUGCCCAUUUGGAUCUCGAGGCCUGUGUGUGGCUUGAGGAGUACCUGAAGAAGUGGGAUCGUACCUUGGUCCUCGUUUCCCACUCCAUGGAUUUCCUUAACGGUGUCUGCACCACCAUGAUCGACAUGCGUGGCAAGCAGCUCCUCUACUACGGAGGUAACUACGACAUCUACGACAGAACCCGUACCGAGCAGGAGACGAACCAGAUGAAGGCCUACCAGAAGCAACAGGACGAAAUUGUGCACAUCAAGAAGUUCAUUGCCAGCGCCGGUACCUACGCCAACUUGGUCAGACAGGCAAAGUCCCGUCAGAAGAUUCUCGACAAGAUGGAGGCCGACGGUUUUAUCCAGCCCGUCAUCCCCGAUAAAGUCUUCACCUUCCGUUUCGCCGACGUCGAGAAGCUACCCCCUCCCGUUCUGUCUUUCGACGACGUUACCUUCUCUUACUCUGGCGACCCCAAGGACGACUUGUACCGUAACAUUGACCUAGGUUUCGACAUGGACUCCCGUACCGCGCUUGUCGGACCCAACGGUGUUGGCAAGUCUACUCUGCUGCGCCUGAUGACCGGCAAGCUCUCCCCCACCGCCGGUUCCGUCACCCGCCACACCCACUUGAAGCUUGGUCUGUACUCCCAGCACAGCGCUGAGCAGCUCGACUUGACCAAGUCCGCCCUGGACUUUGUCCGUGAGAAGUACGCAGAGAAGUCCCAGGACUACCAGUACUGGCGCCAGCAACUCGGCCGCUACGGUCUGACCGGUGAGGCCCAGACCUCCCUGAUCGGCACCCUGUCCGACGGACAGAAGUCCCGUAUCGUCUUCGCUCUGCUUGCCAUCGAGUCCCCCAACAUGCUGUUGCUCGACGAGCCUACCAACGGUCUGGAUAUUCCCACCAUUGACUCCCUGGCCGAGGCCAUCAACGCCUUCUCCGGUGGUGUUAUCGUCGUCUCCCACGACUUCAGACUUCUUGACAAGAUUGCCAAGCAGAUUCUCGUGUGCGAGGACCGGACCAUCAAGCCUUGGGGCGACUCCAUCGGAGCGUACAAGAACUACCUUCGCAAGAAGAUGGUUUCUGCCGGCGCUGUCUAA